CCGGUCGAAGCAGAGACGGGGUUGUGGCGGCCCGGCCCACAUUCGGGAACCUAUUGCAUGGGGAAGGGGCCGCAGAGGCGUGCCCAGGGCGGUUCUGAAGAUAUCACAACUUGUAGUCAGUUGGGGUAGUUGAACGUUCAGUAUCGCGUGUAAAUAAAGAAGUAAAAAUACUUGAGGAACGGUGGUUGCCACCCGUGAUAUGGACCUGAAAUCCUCCGCGUCGCGCAACUUUCUGUCCCUGGGAGUUUUGUUGAUGUUGGUUCGGGGUGCUACGUGUGGCAGGAACUCCGUCUUUGGAGGAAAUGGUUGUGGCCAUACCAUUGUAAGCACUCAAAGUGGCACUUUGGCCUCUAGAAACUACCCCGGUACCUACCCCAACCAGACAGAGUGUGAGUGGAAGGUUAAUGUGGCACCAUUCCAAGGGAUUAAGCUGGUCUUUGGUGAUUUUGACGUGGAACACUCUGAUCAGUGCAAGUCUGGCUCUGUAUCUGUCACUGUGCCUUUUGAUGGGAGACAUUAUGGCCCUUACUGUGGAAGCAGACCUCCAGAUCCAAAGAUACUACAGAUUAACUCCAGUGAAGUGGUAGUUUGGUUCAACAGCAGCAUUCACCGUUCAGGACGAGGCUUCCUGAUGUCGUAUGCUGUAGACGAACAUCCAGAUUUGGUUUCCUGCCUCAGCAAAGGAACACACUACUCUAAACAACAGUUCAGUGUGUACUGUCCAGCAGGAUGUAAAAACAUCAAUGGAGACAUCUGGGGAGAUAAGAACAGUGGUUACCGAGAUACAUCUGUACUAUGCAAAGCAGCUAUUCAUGCUGGAGUUAUAUCAGAUGAAGCUGGUGGUCAGAUCAGUGUUGUUCAGAAAAAGGGCAUUACCCUAUAUGAAUCUGCCUUUGCAAAUGGAAUCUGGUCAAAAACGGGGUCUCUGUCUGAAAAGUUGUUGAUCUUUCAGAAAGACUGUGACAACAUCGUUGAAGGCCUCACAUUCAGUGCCUCAUCUUCUUGGCAAGAAACAAACAUUAUGGGACAGCAAGUGACCUGGUCUGCAAAUAGGGCAAGUCACAAUACUAUGGGAUACUCCAUAUCCUGGGCUGCCCAGCACAACAUGGCAGAGGAGUGGUUGCAGAUAGAUCUACAAGAAAGGAAAAACAUCACAGGGAUUAUAACUCAAGGCUCAAAUGACAGGGAAUAUGACUUCUAUGUGAAAUCAUUCAGGAUCUUAUUCAGCAAGGAUGGGAUCAACUGGAAGACAUACAAGACAUCCAGCACAAAUUAUGUCAAAGAAUUUGAAAGCAACACAGACAACCAGAAAGAAGUUCGUAACAAUUUUAUUCCUUCCAUUGUGUCACGCUUCAUCCGCAUUUCCCCCCAAAGUUGGAACCAAAGAAUAGCAAUGAAGGUUAAGUUGCUUGGUUGCCAGCCACUGCGACCAAGGUCUCUACGGCCUAAUGAGAAUAUUAACCCAACAAGUUUCCCUGAGGUGAGCAGUACCUUUACUGAAAACACAACUUUCCAGGACCCUGUUAUCAUAAGGACUGUGCCAGGGCCUGCUUUGCUGCCGAUUCUCAUUACCGGAGGACUGGUGAUACUUCUUACAGCAAUAGUACUGUUUGCCUUCAUGUGCAGAAAGAAAAGGAAAGCAGAAGGAGGGUCAGUGUGUACAUUUACAAAAGGCUGUCCUACAGUGAUAAAACCACAGAACUGUUACCAAACACAGCUGCGGUCACCAGUCUGUGAGAUGAUUGUCUAUCCAGAAGAUGGAGAACUCAGCAGAGAACUAUGUAGACAGCAGCUUCCAGACUAUGCUGAGCUAGACAUCUCUCAAGUUGGAUCCUGUGGCCAGAAAGUACCAUCUACAUUCAAGCCAUCAGCUGAUGAGGGUUACACAGUACCACUCAUUAGCCAUUAUGAUGUUCCUGGGAAGCAUCAUGAAUAUGCAGAACCACUUCCUUCAGAGGCAGAGUAUGCAACGCCAUUCGGUGAACAGCAAGUUGAGUCUACAGCUGCGGCAAGAAAAUUUCAUAGCCCACGAUAUCCACAAAUUCCUGAAGAAAUUAGGUCUCAAUAUGACUCUGUUUUCCAGGUUACAGGCAUAAUUUCAAGAGGUUAUACAGAGGCACCUUUAGAUCUCAGCUCUGGUUAUGCUGAGCCACAAAUAAAUCAGACCACUGAAGUUAACAAUGUGACUUAUAGGCAGGAAAGCAAUGGGUCUGCAUUUGAUAAAGAGACAUACUCACAGCCCAAAGACUCUGUAACACAUGUGUAUCAUGAGGUCUUGUGAAGGUGCAUAUUAGGAAGAAGAAGAGGAAAGCUGCUGACAUUUGGUGGUGGUUGAAGAAUGAUUCAAAUGCUGCUUAUUGUUACUCUGGUUACUUAGCAACAAAAGGAGGUCUUUCCGCACGUGCAGCCAAAGGACAUGUGUGUGUGUGCGUAUGCAGCAUCCAUGUUUGUUUCCCUAGGUGGCUGCAUUAUUACACUCAGAAGGUGGUCCUGCAACUGUCACCAUGUGCAAUAACAGAAACGACCUGUAUGCACAUCUGUAAACAGGCUUCAUUGUUGUUGGCUGCUCUGAAGGUUACUUUUUUAACGUCUGCUGUUUUACAUUACAGAAUACUAAUGGACCAUUAAAAUGUCACAUCACCAUUAAAAUAUGUUUUUAUAUGGCUUAA